CACAAAAAAUCAAUAUUCAGUGUUUAUUAUUACAUGCGAUAUUUUCUAGAAAAAUCUAUAAGUCUUAAAAAAAGGUUAAGAGAUAAUUAUGUUUGAAGAAAAAUCUAGAGAAGGAUAUUAAAAUAAGAAAUGAAAUAUCGAGAAGGCGUAAUUGACUGGGCAUGUGCACUGCAACGUGACCGGACUUCAAAUCUGAAUUCAAAUCAAUUUAUAAUGCUUUUAAAACUAGAAAGCGACAUCUGGAAGUUUUCAAAACUAAUUAAUAUUUUUUUUCUAAAAAUGAUAGUAAAAAACCCAGAAAAAGCUUUAAAAUAAAAAGAAAAUAAAAAAGGCAAGGGAUCCGUGAUUCCAAAGGAUUCGCUCUCACCACGCGCCUCAGUAUCCGUCACAUCUCACGCGUUCCUUCUUUCUCUCUCUAUCUCUCUCCCCUACUAUAUAAUCUCGUGUUCCCUUCUUCCCAUUCUGCACCUCUAUCCCCCACUUAUUUCGAUUUUGCCACUGAUUCAAAAAAAUACGUUUCACCGAACACACAAAGAAAAACGUAAUUGCCAAAGCUAUGGAGAAGAAGUUGUUGGAUAUAACUCGGACUGACUCGGCUGAGAAAAAGCGAGUCAGAGACGAGUCAUUCGACGAAGCGGUUCUUGACUCGCCGGAGGUGAAGAGGUUGAGAGAUGAUUUAUUCGAUGUCCUGGAUGACUCGGAUCCUGAACCAGUGAGUCAAGAUCUCGACUCGGUUAUGAAAAGUUUCGAAGACGAGUUAUCAACGGUCACCACCACGACGGCGCAAGGUUCCUCUACCGCCGGCGAAACUCAGCCUGAUCUCGGAUAUCUUCUUGAAGCUUCCGAUGAUGAGCUUGGUUUACCACCACCUCCAUCGAUUUCUCCGGUUCCCGUCGCGAAGGAGGAGGUAACGACGGAGACGGUAACGGAUUUGGUACGAGCGUCUUCUGAUUCGUCAGGAAUCGACGAGAUUUGGGGAUUUGAAGAUCACGUGUCGAAUUACGGUGGUUUAGAUUUUGGUUCCGGCGUCGGAGAUGGUGGAGAUUACGUGGCUGUUGAGGGGUUGUUUGAAUUUUCCGACGAUUGUUUUGACUCCGGCGAUCUGUUUUCGUGGCGGUCGGAGUCGUUACCGGCGGAAUAAAUAAAUAACAAACUUUUUUUUUAAUUAGGUGGGAAAUGAAAACGAUAUCGUUUUGUUAAAGCGUUUGGCUCUCCCUCGCUUUUUUUUUUAACCCGAUGGUUAAUAUCUAUUAACUAAAAUUAUUAGGAUUUAGGAAAAGUUAAAUAUUUUGUAAGGGUAAUUUGCUAGAUUAGUAUUAGCGAAUUCGUUUGUUUGUUCUUCCAGAUCUUUUUUUCAUAGCUUUUGUUAAUGUGAAAUUUCAGAAUGAAAAACUCUCUUUGUCAGUUUUUAUUAUACGUUCAGUUUCACAUAUCGAACGGUAAGUCUGAUUUCAUUUUCAGACUGGUGUGAAUAAGAUGGC